CCUUCCUACGACUUCUCCCGUGAGAGUUUGACUGAAGUCAUAUGUCUCAGUACUCUACUUGGUAGAGGAUGUGGUCUGUUGGGAUGGACAUUGUUUAGGAAACGGCACGGACACUUGAUUGGGACAUCUUGGACAGCCAGGCGUCACCGUCGGAAGCAGGACAACGCGUGCUCGACCUUUACUGAACUUAUUGCGACGGAAACACGAUUUGGUAACCAGUGACUGCUUCGCGGAAUAUUUCAUCAUUUUCUAGUGUUACGACUAUUAACACCCAAAGAAGUUGUUAGACGUCUUGACAUGGCAGAGCGCACGGCUGUGGGAAAGGAGUAAAAGCUUUUCUCUCGGACCAGAAACACCUGACACCCCAACUGCGCUCCCACCCGCCGGCAUGACCCUCGGCGCGCGGUCUGGAUCCGACAGCUCGUCGGCGGACAGCUUCUGCUCCUGCUGCGGGGCCAAGAUGGUGCCAUACUUCAGCGAGGACGCGGUGGUGUCAAACAAUCACAUCAACCAGCUUAUCAGUGAGAGUUUCCUCACUGUAAAAGGUGCAGCCCUGUUCCUUCCCAGGGAAAAUAGCCCCACGCCUAACUCUGCACCACGCAUCAGCCAGCGCAGGAACAAGCACACAGGUGACCUCCAGAAACAUCUCCAGACCAUGCUCACUGUGCUGCGGCCGGAGGACACCAUCCGACUGGCUGUGUGUCUGGAGAGCGCCUACCCUCAGGUAACCCGCUACAUGGUGGUGGUCUCCACCAAUGGUAGACAGGACACGGAGGAGAGCAUCGUGCUUGGCAUGGACUUUGUCUCCUCUGAUAGCUGCUGUACAGUGGGUCUGGUUCUACCUCUGUGGAGUGACACUUUGAUCCACUUGGAUGGAGACGGGGGGUUCAGUGUGUCCACGGUGAACAGGGUUCAUGUUUUCAAGCCAGUGUCUGUCCAGGCCAUGUGGUCUGCCCUCCAGUCACUCCACAAAGCGUGCGAUGUGGCCCGCUGCCAUAACUACUACCCGGGCAGCCUAUUCCUGACCUGGGUCAGCUACUACCAGAGCAGGGUCUCCUCUAACCAGGUCUGCGUCAAUGAGUGGAACGCCAUGCAGGACGUCGAGUCGCACCGUGCCAAUUCACCCGUUCUCUUCACAGACCUGCCCACGGAGAGGGAGCGCACAGAAAGGCUGAUCAAGAUGCGCCUCAGAGAGAUCAUGAUGCAGAAAGACCUGGAGAACGUCACCUGCAAGGAGAUCCGAACGGAGCUGGAGAUGCAGAUGGUGUGUAACCUGAGGGAGUUUAAGGAGUUCAUAGACAACGAGAUGAUCAUCAUCCUGGGACAGAUGGACAGCCCCACGGAAAUCUUUGAGCACGUCUAUCUGGGCUCUGAGUGGAAUGCCUCUAACCUAGAGGAGCUGCAGAACAGCGGAGUGCACUACAUCCUGAACGUGACCAGGGAGAUAGACAACUUCUUCCCGGGGACGUUUGAGUACCACAACAUAAGAGUGUACGAUGAAGAGGCCACCAAUCUGCUGGAGUACUGGAACGAGACCUACAAGUUCAUCGCCAAGGCCAAGAAAGCUGGGGCCAAGUGUCUGGUUCACUGUAAAAUGGGUGUGAGUCGCUCCGCCUCCACAGUGAUCGCCUACGCCAUGAAGGAGUACGGCUGGGAUCUGGACACUGCCUUUGACUACGUUAAAGAGAAACGGGCCGUCACCAAACCGAACCCUUCCUUCAUGAAACAGCUGGAGGAGUAUCAGGGAAUCCUGCUGGCCAGCAAACAAAGGCAUAACAAGCUGUGGCGCUCGCACUCCGACAGCGACCUAUCCGAUCGCCCGGAGUCCAUGUGUAAACCUUCGUCUCACUCUCUGGGCCGCUCCAACUCGCACAACAACAAUACUUCCUCCCCCUCCUUGCAUCACUUCCUGGGCGCGGCUGUGCUGCAAGCGCUUGGUGCUGAACCUGAAGACUCUGCCAAGUCGAACGCCACACACACCUCUGACUCACACACGGACUCAAACGGUGUGUGUGACUCACCGUGUCAGGAGGAGGUCGGAUCAGAUUGUGCAGACCCCCUCCUGCUUCCCCCCCCCAGACCCCAAGCAGCCACUGUAGUCCCAGAGGAAAGACUGGACGAUUCGGCGAGUGUGACUGUCACGGUGCCCGUAGCUCUACCCCACCCUCCACCAUCACUCCACAUCGUACCUCCUACUCCUGAACUCCAGCGUGCUCAGCGGGCCCCUCCCUCACAUUUGUCCAUUUCAGUGCCGAAACACAAACCGGUUGAACUGUCCCUCAAUUUGCCCGAGCGAAGCAGCUCUGAAGAAAUCUCUCCUCUCACUCUGGGAUCCGCUGACUCUGACACAAUAGACCAGUCCUUAUCAGAUUCAACAAGUGACAAGCACAGCCCCGUCAGCCCUGCACACCUCACUCCCCACCACCUGGUUCUUCCGCUUGCCGCCAGUGAUGACAACAACAACCCCAGAGAGUUACAGACAGGCGGCGCCUUGGACGGCCGUGGCGAGGCCGAUGGGUCGUCCAACCACAGCGCCGACAGCAUUGACUUCUUCAGCGCCAGGGAAAAGUUCCUGGGCCUCGCCCAAGAUGGCAGAUCCCAGACACUUUCUGAGCAGGCGCAACAACGGACAUCCUUGUCACUUGAGGAAAGCGAAGAAGCUAAUGAGGAAGAGGAGCAGGGAUGUGGGACGAGUCAGGCGUCUCCACAGUCUGAAGACGGCGUUGACAAAGCCAGCCCUGACCGAACUCAUCAGCCUCACCAUGACAACGGAGUAUCAGUCCGCCAUAUUGUCACAGAGAUUGAAGCCAUAUCCCACCCUGCCUCCUGCCUUCCGACCCCUCCCUCCUCCUCCUCCUCCUCCUCUUCUUCUUCUUCGUCGCUCCCGCCAUCCUCCCACAGCCCUCAACUCAUCCGACCAGAACAUCAGAUGGAAGCAGAGACUUCUGAAGCCACGCACGGCUCUCUAACUCCGCCUUCACACCCGCAGUCUCCCUCCAUGCUGCCGUGCGAUUGGCCGGCAGGCUCGGUGCGGCGAGCCACCAAGCAGCUGGAGCAGAAGCUGAGGCAGGAAAUGGAGAUGACUGCGCCUCAGCGAUCUCCGCUGAAUUCCCCCAGCGCUGAACACCCUCCUGUCAGACUGUCACUGUGUCCCCUGAGCACUGAACAUACUCCCCUUCUCUUCCCUCAGGACUGCACAGAACAAAGUAACAUUCAGGGAGAGAAGUCCAAAGAUGGAGAAAAGCAUACAGGGUCACAAACGGAGCUCAACUCCUCAGACACGGACAACCUCCCCGACCCUUCAUGCUCCCCUGACUCUGAUAUCAGCCAAGCCUCCGGUGCUAUACCUAUCAUCAUUGAACCCACAUCCAUAGAUAGCCAUAUGCUCAUAUCAUCACUGGCCACUAGUCAGUUAGAAGAAUCAUCUCUGGAUACCUCAGCUCAGUCUCAAAGACGGAGCCAGCUUCACAGCCAAAGCCAGCAGCCUCAGGCCUGUUCAAACCAAAUGAGUCUGGAUGAUGUGACAGUGCAAGAGUCAGACACAGAUGAGAAGCUGGAAAGUUCCCAGGGCAAGCGAGGGGGCUGUGGCCCCGACUGUGACGCCGAGAGCAGGCUGGCUCGAGGCAGCCAGGAGCUGGAGAGGAUUCAGCAGACACUCAAAGAGCUGCAGGCGUUCCUCCAUGAGGGCGUCAGCCUGGAAACGACAAACUGUCAAGACCAGGGGCUGAGAGACGUUAUGGAGACAGAGCCAGGACUUUGUAAAGGGUUGAGUUCGGAACAGACCCCUCCAGGCCCCCGAGAGAGACAAGAGGGGAAGAGUUUCUUGGAGCCGAUGGUGUGGCACAGAGCCAUGGCGCUCGAGGCUCGUAUCCGCCAGGCGGGCCUCACACCUCCUUCUCUCAUGAAGAGGUCGGCCUCCUUAGCUAAACUGGACUGUCUGGAGCUGUCAGCCAAUGACCUCAGCGACUUGGACCUGAGGACACACACCAGGUCGAUAUCAUCAUACUCCCAGGACUCUUUCUCUAUGUCCACAUCUCACCCCGACGACACUUGGAAGAAGCAGAAAGUGUUGGCUGGAAACACUUGCAUUAAAAAGACAGGUUUGUCCCAUGGCGGCAGGAAUCUUGCCGAGUCAUCCUCAUCACCAUCCCUCUGCUUCUCCUCCGCGCCUCAUCGUCCAAAAGAGGACACAGGUGAGAGGGAGGAGCCAGAUGGGAGUGGCGUGGUCGCUCUAACACGUCAGCAGGGGAGGGGACACUCAUCGAGACGUCGCAAAGGCUCCGCUGAGAAAAAGCAGCGAGCUGCCACUGUGCUAUACAAUACCAUGUAACCUCAGUGCAAUGGACUGGAACGGACACGACUGGAGUCGUGCAGAUGUGCGAGAAAGGCUGCAUGAUGUGUACGGAUGUGUAGCAGAUAAACUGGAGACCCUGUGUAUCCUCCACUGUAUGUUUUAAGAAUUGAAUGACGAACAUAUGUUUGCAUGUAAACCACUGGAUGUGUUGUUUUAACUUCAGGUUUGUAUGUACAGUAAUGAAAUAUGAAUGUCCAAACCAAGACUGAACCGGUGCAUACUGUAUGCACUCCAUUAUGUCCGUCUCCCUUUUUUUUUAAGAAGCGUUAGUUUUCAGUGUUUGACCCUCGCUGCCUGUUCAGAGUUUCUAAAACUACGAGAGGGGCUUUUUCUCCAAACAUGCACUUUACUGUUUUUACAUGAUUUUCUUUUGUUUGUGAUCUGUUUCUUACCCCGAGGACGAUUAUUUUGCACUGAUCUCAGUCGACUGUGUUUUUCUUUGACAAACGUCUUUAUUCAGAUUUUUAAUUGAACCAGGACAAAGCUGAUAUCUUGUUUUUUUAUUCAAUUCUUUAGCAGUUAAUAAAUGUUAAGUUUAUUUUGA